AUGAUCUGUUCGUGUUGCGCUUUGAGCGCGGACGAAGCUGCCAUUGAGGGUGUCACAAUUGUUUCCCCCGCGGACUUGCCAAAGAUUGAGCCGGCAUCUGCCACCCCAACGCAAGCUGCCUUCACGUUUCAGCUCCCAGACAACUCUUCGAAAGAGGUCAUCUUCACUGAAAAGCCACUGGGUGUGGACUUCAGAAAGUCUAUCCCCAUGACCGUGAAGGCAGUGAAAAUGGACUCUGUUGCACACGCAGCUGGAAUCGACACCCAAUGGGUGCUUACCCACGUUCAAGGGGCGGCCGUCCCUUCUGAUCUGAAAGAAGCGAUGGCAAAGAUCAUGGAGGCGGUUCGCGAGCUACCACAAAAGUGA